AUGAAGCCGAGCCAUGACGCUUUGUUUAUGCCUCCUUCACUGGACGAGUCCAUGUCGCAAGCUCCCCAGCUGCAUGGAGGCUAUGCAGCCCCUGUGGCUGUGCCAGCGGGUGUUGCGGAGUCUGGCCGCCAGCCAGUUGUGCCGCCUCGCGCUGUACCUCCCAGGGAAGGCUACGCUACAGCCGCUACUUGCUGCCAAGAUCCACGAUGUGCGUACGCCGCCGAUGCGGGAAGUGACUCGAGCGAGUCUGAGGCGACCGACCAGCAGCACUACGGGGAUGUGUGUUACUCGCUGUUAGCAUACGCCGAAGAUGCAGAGUCUGACAUAGAGAGCAUCGAAGAUUUUUUCAGGAACGUUCUGGAUCCACAUGACCUUGCACUCAUGAAGGCUCCAGGCGUAAAGAUGGUGGAACAAAUGCGACGGUGUGCCAGCAUCAAUGCUGAAUUUCUGACAAUGCUGGUGCGGUCUGAUGAAUGUAUUCCAGAGUUCUGGGAGUUGCCACCGAACCAUCAGGUGCAGGAAAGGAACAGCGUGAAGGUCCGGACUGUGCUCAGGCAAUUUGUGCGUGACUGGGCAGACGAAGGUGCGGAAGAGCGCCGCUCCCAAUACGGCUGCCUACUCGAUGCACUGGAAAAGUAUAUUCCCCUGCCAAAGCAAGCGGGUGGUCAGCCCUUCAAGAAGCCAAGAGUCUUGGCGCCCGGCAGCGGGCUUGCCCGACUGCCUUUUGAGUGUGCGAGACGAGGCUAUGCAGCUCAAGGCAACGAGUUCUCCUACCACAUGCUACAGGGUAGCAAGUGGGUAUUGAACGAGACCAGUGCCAACCACACGCAUACAAUUUAUCCGUUUAUCUUGAACAUGGAGAACCGGAAGAACAUGAAUGAUCAUAUGCGCGGUGUCUGCAUCCCGGAUGUCUGCCCUUCUGCCAUCCUCUGCCCUCCUGGGGUGGAGACGGGACCUGAGGACUUCUCCAUGUGUGCGGGUGAGUUUGUCAACGUCUACGAAGAGCAGUACGGCGCUUGGGACGCGGUGCUCACUUGUUUCUUCUUGGACACGGCAAAGAACGUUUUCCUCUACAUUCGCACAAUUGCAGACAUCAUCAGGCCUGGCGGUCUAUGGGCGAACAUCGGGCCGCUGCUGUACCACUUUGCGGAGCAGCCAGACAACGCCGCCUUCUCAGACAUCUCGCUUUCUGUUCGCAUCUCCAUCGAGCUGAGCUGGGAAGAGAUCAAGCCCGCGAUCCGGAAGUACUUCGAUUUCAAAGAGGAGGACAUGAGGGAAGGCUUCUACACCACCAACAGAGAAGGGCUGUACCGAACUCGAUACAGAUGCAUCUUCUUUGCAGCGAUUCGCAACGAUACCCCCACCGAGGGCGAGUCAAACCCAGUGUGCCUGAAGCACCCAGCAUUGGCUGCAGACCCAGAAGUUCGACUGCAGUUCCAGGGCCAGGGCGUAGAUUCGCUUUCGUGUCCGAAGGAAGAGCCCGAGCCAGAGGAGGUUGGGGAGAUCUCCCCGCCGCCGGCUCGAGGGACUUUUCUAGACCUCAGCGUGGAGGCACCCUCCGACCCAGCGGCGCCACCUCAGCAAGGUGAUGCCUUGACCGAUGGUGGCACCGUUGUCGAGGCAGCCGGACCAGUGGUGCUGCAGGCCGCAGAUUUUGGCUUCGCAGAAGAGGAGGAUUCUGCCAGUGCCUCCUCCGGUGCUUCCACACCGCGGGACACCGGUGCCGUGCUCGCUGCUGAUGCGCCCCCGUCGCCAGCCCAUGCUGGACGGCGUCCGUCUGGGACCUACGGCGACCGGCACGAGGGCAUGUCCAUGAAGGAACGCCUGGAUAGCCUGGAGUUCUCUGAUGCGGAGCAUUUAUUUGUUGGUUCAAUUGCCAGGAUGAUGAUGACCCACUUGGCCUCAAGAAGUAGGAGUCUCAGACAUCCGACCGUAGAUUUUCAACCUGGAUGCCUCCAUGGCUUUGACGGUUGCAUGACUGUCUUCGGCAACGUAUGGAUCGAAGACAUGGUUGUGCUGGACAAUGUGUCAGAGCACAUGCUCGGGCACGUCUACUGCAAGUAUUUCAAUGACGACGAUGCUGCCAAGGCGCAGCAACAGAUGUCCAACCGCUUCUACGGCAGCCGCCUCGUCCAAGCAGAGUUCAGCCCGGUGGCCGACUUUCGAGAAGCUCGGUGUAGGGCCUUCCACGAGACGCGGUGUGCGCGCGGUGGAAUGUGCAACUUCAUGCACAUCAAGCAUAUCCCCAAGGCGGUGAAGCGGAGCAUCGUCCGGCAGAUGUACGAAGCACAUCCUGAUUACGCAGGUGCCAAAGCAGCGCUCGCUGGGCAGCCAGCAAAGAAGAAGCGAAAGGUGUCCUCGAACACGAAGCGCACGAUGGAGGAGAGAAAGGGGAUGAUAGCAGAAUGGAACAAGGAGCGCAUCGCCGAAAUGCAG